UCUGUGCUCAGUUGCGGAUGUGUUCAGUUGACUGUGUCCAGUUGCACCCAUCCCGAUUGACAUUUCCAAGUGUUCCAAGUAUUAUUUGGAGUUGAUUUUUUACAGUAAAAAAGCAACAUUUUGUUGAACAAUGGCUGAUCCUGAGCUUGAGGCUCUCCGUAAGCAGCGGCUGGCGCAAUUACAGUCACAACAACGGGGAGGUAACAAUGCCGAAGAUCACGAAGCACAACAAGAGAAACAGCGUCAGAUGGAGGACAUGAGGAAUUCAAUCCUAACACAAGUUCUGGAUCAAUCAGCGAGAGCUAGAUUGAACACAUUAUCCCUGGGAAAACCAGAGAAAGCCAAAAUGGUGGAAGGAAUGUUGCUUAGUAUGGCACAGAGAGGACAACUACCUGGAAAACUGGGAGAGAAGGAACUCAUUAGUCUUCUGGAGAGCGUGAAUCAACAGACACAAAAGAAAACAACAGUCAAAUUUGAUCGACGAAGAGCAGCACUGGACUCUGACGACGAUGAUUUGUAGCAGGAUCUCUUCGAAAAACUCCAAUUGUAAGACUUCAAAAUGAUGAAAUGAUUUUUAAAAUACCUACGUUAUACUUCUCUCUUUUAUUAAAUUUUAGUUACUCAAUUCACGUCACAGAUUACAAAUGAAUCACGAUACAAAUAUUUCAACCAUAAAUGAAUCUCUUUCUCAAUCACAAAUUUUAUAUACUUAAUUAUUAAGAAAGAAAAAAUUCAAAUGGAGUCGACAGAUUCUAGUUGUCGAAGACUUGUGGAGUGACUCAGGUGGAAUGCAUAAAUACUCUCAACAAAGAACAAAUACAUUAGAUAAAUACUUAAACAA